AUGCGCAAGCCUCGCUAUGCUGUCGGAACCACCACCUCCUCGUCCUUCGAGGCUGCUGCUCGCGAGUGGAAUGCCUCUUCCGAUAUCCUCAAAUUCCCCUCUAAGCGUCCCACUGGCCCUGCCAUUUCCGAAGCCACUCCAAGACAGCGUCGCAUGUAUCGUGUCGGCAAAGCAUAUGAGCCAUUGACCAGCUCUCGUAAUUUGUCCAGUCUCUCCGAUCGUCUCGCCCAAGGCCUCAUCACACCCACCAUGUCCCCAGCCCCGACCGCUCGGAAAGGCUCCAACGCUGAGAGUGAGUCUGUAGAUUCUGUCAAUGCUCCUUCCACCGUCUGGGACGAACUCGACGACCUCAAGUCUCGUAUCCGUAGUCUCGAGAUUGGCGGGAAGCCUUCACCUUCCAGUGCAAACCCGACGAAUCAGUCCUUUGAACGCCCUCGUACAGCAACAACCGCCCCAACGACUAUAUCUUCUUCGCCGAAGCAUGCUCGGAAACAAAGCAGUUUGCCCACCGAUGCCAGCGUCUCUGGUCCAUCUACAGCUAACCUGCAUCCCCUUUUACACAGUGCCCUCGGAAAGGCAAAGAACGUACUCAAUCCACAGCUCUAUCGAUCUCUCGAGGUAACAGCUUCCGACGCUCUGGCGCUUGCUGCUAUGACUGGCGGUAAUGGAACCCAAGGUACUGCCUUGACCGCUGCCUCCAUGGCCAAUGGCGCUGCUGUCUCGGAUAGAAACAUCAGGAGAAAGGCCGACAGCAUGUGCAGGAACCUUACUGAUCUCUGCAUCGCUUUGUGUGAGGGUAAGGUUGAUCUUGCUAGUCCCACUGUCAAGCCUUUUUCCCUGGGUCCAUCUCACACGCAAGCCGAAACGCCCUCGUCGCGUUACGCUCGUAGAUCGAGUAUCGGCUUGCAGGAUCUCCAACUCAGGACUGAACCGCCUAGAUCCGUGAGCCGUCUCGACAGCCGGAGGAGUAGUUUACUCGGUCUGGGAUUGGGCAACACGAUCAGCACUAGUCCACUCGAGACCAACGAUCAAUACCACGGUCAGGAAUUGUCACCCAGUCAUGAUCAGACCGAUUAUGCAGCUCGUUAUAAUCGCCCCGGCACCAGCAUGCAGAGAUACUCUCAAGCUGAGGACGAGGCUGCUCUAGAGGUGCCCUCGCGCGCUCCCUCUCGUGCCAUGACGGAAUUGGGCCACAUGAGACAAUCCUCAACACGCAGAACAGAUUACGUUAGUGGUGUACAACAUUCUCCUGGCUUGCGAGAGACCCUGGCAGCUCGACGCGCAAAUGCAGCCCCGGGAGAUGGCAGUCAAUACGGUUCAACUUCUUCCCAUUCAGAGGCAGCGAGACGUAUUUUGGAGCGCCGUGCUGCUGUGCAGCUUGAAGAGAGCCAGUACGUGCCUAAGAGGCGCCGCAUCGCAAGCCUGACACAGUAUUCACCAUUGAGCCCUCGCAUUGGAAGUGAACCUACCCGUACGAGCAGUCUUUCGAGAAGACGCAACCUCAUCGUGGAAUAA